CCCAGUAACACGUGCCAUAUGUCUUCUACAGCUGAAAGAGGAGUUGGAGGGUCUCGUAACAGUAGCGGAGAGAAAACAUACAAAAAAACUACUUCAUCUGCCCUGAGGGGUGCUAUCCAGUUGGGCAUCAGUUACACGGUGGGAAACCUAACCUCCAAACCAGACCGCGAUGUGCUCAUGCAGGACUUCUACGUGGUCGAGAGCGUCUUCCUGCCCAGCGAGGGGAGCAACUUGACUCCAGCCCAUCACUAUCCAGACUUCCGUUUUAAGACCUAUGCGCCUCUGGCUUUCCGCUACUUCCGAGAGCUCUUUGGAAUCAAGCCGGAUGAUUACCUGUACUCUCUCUGUAGCGAGCCGUUGAUCGAGCUGUCCAAUCCUGGGGCCAGCGGCUCUCUCUUCUAUGUGACCAGCGACGACGAGUUCAUCAUCAAAACCGUGCAACACAAAGAGGCAGAGUUUCUUCAGAAGCUUCUCCCAGGUUAUUACAUGAACCUCAACCAGAACCCAAGGACUCUUCUGCCCAAAUUCUAUGGGCUUUACUGCGUGCAGUCUGGCGGGAUAAACAUUCGGUUGGUGGUGAUGAACAAUGUGCUGCCCCGUUCAGUGAAAAUGCACCAAAAAUAUGACUUGAAAGGCUCGACGUACAAGCGGCGGGCCUCCAGAAAAGAGCGGGAAAAAGCCUGCCCCACCUACAAGGACCUUGACUUUCAGGACAUGCACGAGGGCUUGUACUUUGACACGGAGACUUACAACGCCCUGAUGAAAACGCUACAGCGAGACUGUCGGGUGCUGGAGAGCUUUAAAAUAAUGGACUACAGCUUGCUGCUGGGGGUUCAUGUGCUGGACCAGAACCAGAGGGACGGGGAAACGGGUCAGACGGGCGGUGACAAACGACCCGUGGGUCAGAGAGUGCUUUACUCAACAGCUAUGGAAUCCAUACAGGGCAACGGCAAAACUGGCGAAGCAGUGACCACCGAUGAAACAAUGGGUGGCAUUCCUGCCAAGACACACAGAGAUGAGAAGCUACUUAUUUAUCUGGGUAUAAUUGACAUCCUGCAGUCUUACAGGUUUAUUAAGAAACUGGAACACUCUUGGAAAGCACUUGUGUACGAUGGUGAUACGGUGUCUGUGCACAGACCGAGCUUCUAUGCCAACAGAUUCCUAAAGUUCAUGAGUACCACAGUGUUCCGGAAGAUUCAGAUUAACCGGUUCUCCCCGUCUAAGAGGACUCGUAACUCCAUAGCUCCACUGAAAUCGUCUUCUCAGGAGAUCCUGUCUCAGACGGAGGACAAGACGCAGGAGGAAAAGGACAGACUGACAGGAGCACGCAGCCUGGCCAGUCUUGAUGGACAAGUGUUUGGCUUUUACAACAAACCUGACCUGGUUCUGACGACGCCGUCGCUUUACGAGGGCUCCUCCAUGGGGACUACAAUUUCCACCUCCUCCAUCUUUGUCAGUGAAGGAAACCUAGAGGCCAGAUCAAAGGACAGAAAUGACGCAGGUUCUGAGUCUAUGUUCACACUGGAGGACAGCGCCAUCUGUCUGUCAUCAGAGCAAAGUACAAUGGACAUGGACCGAGAUGACGGCUCUGUGCUGGACGUUUACCUUUUUAGACGCAGAAAGUGA